UGGGCACAGGAUCAAGCCCUUAGAGAGCAACUUUUUAACUAGCUGGUUCUUGCUGAUUAAAACUAGGGGGAUGGCAUGUUGAAACCCUACAGGAAUUUGUGUGAUCCCGUACUUGCAGAUUUAGUACAGACACUGCAACUUCCUCCAACUGUGAGGCCUUUUGGGAGCUAACCAACAGCACAGGAAGUGUCAUUUCUUGAGCAAACAGCAGUCAGUGUCUUUCGACAACAAUGGAGCAAGAGCUGCAGAUCGGAUGCCCCUGCUUCCUAUUCUUUGCCCCAUGACCAACCCUCUGCGCCCCCCUUGGAGCUAAUGGACAGGGCGACUGAAGAUGAAGGGGAAGAUUCAGGAGACUACGGAAACAAAGGUUUACCUCCCCCAGCUGAUCAGCUGCCCGAAGGAGAGCACAGUGAUUCCAUUCCACCUCAGACAGAGUGGAGCAUUCUAGCUAUUUCUGAUCAUGUAGCCAGAGAAGCCUUAGUACAGUACAUAGCCAAUAAGUGCUGCUAUCGGAUUGCCCCUGCAAAACGUAUGGUGGUCCAGAACCUGACUCCGCUCAACACUUUCAGAUAUCGUCUGCAAACCUUCACUGAAACCAGAGAAACAUUCCCGAUCAGCGAGCCUUAUAAUGGUGGAUUUGUGGACUCUUCUGAUGUUGCGCCAGCACCUGCCCCGUGGGCAAUAGUAGUGGAUGCACCUCCUCUGUUUACGGACUGUGAAAUGCACAUUCCAGUGCCGCACACAUAUUCAGUACAGGAUUGUCCUAAUUGCCAAGGACAUGGUAAGAAUCAGUGCCACUUGUGUAGUGGAUCUGGAAAGAGAAGAUGUACAGCUUGUAAUGGGACUGGCUGGCAAGACUCAUCCAAUCAGAGUUGUUUAUUUUGCUCAGGUUCAGGAAAGAGAUGUUGCUCAGACUGUCAUGGUGGCGGUUGGCAGAAAUGCAUCCGUUGCUCUGGAAAAGGCCUCUUGUUAUAUCAUUCUGAACUUACAAUCACUUGGAAGAACAGCGUGGCUGAAUAUGUUGUUGACAAGAAUUUUGGGUUUCCUAUUUAUCACCUGCAGGAAGUCACUGGGAAGGAAAUAUUUAGCGAUGAAAAUCAAGUGGUGUAUCCUAUAGUGAAUUUCCCUGAGCCAGCCAUUGAUAGGGGUUCAGAAUCAUGCAUUGCACAACACCAAAUGCAGUUUGCCUCCAAUAGUCGUAUAUUGAGACAGAAACAAACCAUUGAGCUGAUUCCACUCACCAAGGUGGAGUAUGAAUGGAGAGGAAAAGUCUAUUCCUUCUGUGUCUUUGGAAAUGAGAAUAAAGUGUAUACAGAGGACUACCCAGCAAAGUGCUGCUGUUCAGUCAUGUGAUUCACAGAUAGGUCAGAAGUUCUGCUAAGAAACACACCAUCGGGCAGCACAGCACAGCGCAGCUGGAAUUAUUUAUUCUCUUUAAUAAACUGAGCAACUCCUUCCUUUCCAACUUUCACUGGACAGCAGAUCUAAAGAUCUUCACUCCCAGCAUUAUCACAGAGGGUGAUGGGUGUCUCUUUAUCAGUGCAGUAAUGAUUUAUGUGGGUCAUACUGUGCUUAAAUUAACCAGCAGAACACCUCUCUCGUGCACCCCUCGCCAUUCGCUCUUUGUUUAUGGAGUCGAAUAAAUUGUGAUAAUGAAAACUAAA